CAUUUUAAUGGUUGGUGAUUGUUUGGGUAUUAUAAACCUCCUGUCUCCUUUUAUUCUUUACCCUAGGCCUGCCUGUCACACACACACUUUUACACACACACUUCAGUCAACCCAGUCAGCCAGCCAGUGCCGGGCGCAGUUCUGUUCCAGUUUCCAGUAAGCUGAUCCUGCUGGCAGAGGCUAGUGGGGAGACUUCCUUUUCUGGAAGGACCUGAUGCAUCGUGUUAAUGAUCCUCCCUCUCUCUCUGCUGGAGAGUCUCAUUUCAUAUCACAACGUCUGAGCAGGGAGCAGGAAUCAUCCAGCCGGCAGAGUCAAGAGACUGAGAGGAUCACACCCCCCUCUUCUCUUUCACUAACAGUAACACCAUUUCAUACUCUUUUCUGUCUGUCUUUUCUCACUCUGUCUUUUCUUUGUUUGCAUCUUCUUCUUCUUUUCAUUUUCUUCUUUGUCUCCAUCUUUUUUGGGAGAGUGUCUCCAGUCUUCAGCUUCAGGUAGGCAGCACCACAUCCAGCCAGGAAUACACUCCUUCAGUCUACCUCUCUCUAUUCUUUCUUCUUUCCUUCCCUCCUUCAUCACACACAUCCUCCUCCUCAUCUUCCUCCUCCGCCUCUAUCUCUCUCCACUCUCCUCCUGCCUCCACACCCUGCCUCUGAGUGCGCUGGAGAGAGUCGCCAAUUGCGCACGGCGAACGGCAGCAAGUGGGAGUGGACCUCGGCGAGCGUGCUUGUAAGUGUGUGCGAGUGGUGUGUGUCUGUGAGCGUGGAGAGGAAGAGGAGAGGAGGAAGGAGGAGGAGGGUGAGAGCAUCAGCACAGUCCUCCCAGUCUCUCCUCUCUUCACGCGCACUCCCACUCUGCAUGGAACAAUCCUUCCUUCACUGCUUCUAAAUGGACAUUUCUGUGGCAACGUUUCACCAGUGAAGACAGCAGCUGCUCGCCGCUCCGCUCCACAAGCUCCUACAUGCUGGAUUAAAAAAAAAAAAAAGUGAGGAGAGGAGAAGGAACAGGGGGAGAUCUCUGAACAUGAGUGAGGAAGCUAAGGAGAAAGCAGGUGGCGGGAAAGCAGCCCAUCGCAAGAAGAAAGGCAAAAAGUCUGACAGCAAUGCCAGUUACCUGCGAGCUGCCCGGGCAGGGAACCUUGAAAAAGUCCUUGACUACCUCAAGUCUGGGGUUGAGAUUAACAUUUGCAAUCAGAAUGGUCUGAACGCUCUCCAUCUAGCCUCCAAGGAGGGGCAUGUAGAGGUUGUUGCUGAGCUGCUGAAGCUUGAAGCUGCUGUGGAUGCAGCCACAAAGAAAGGAAACACUGCUCUGCACAUAGCCUCGCUGGCCGGCCAAACGGAAGUGGUCAAAGAGCUGGUUACAAAUGGAGCCAAUGUCAACGCACAAUCUCAGAAUGGCUUCACUCCUCUGUACAUGGCCGCCCAGGAGAAUCACCUGGAGGUGGUACGGUUCCUUCUGGAGCACAACGCCAGCCAGAGUAUGGCCACUGAGGAUGGCUUCACUCCUCUGGCGGUGGCCCUCCAGCAGGGCCAUGACCAGGUGGUCUCCCUGCUGCUGGAGAACGAUACAAAGGGCAAGGUACGCCUACCUGCCCUGCACAUCGCUGCCCGCAAGGACGACACCAAGGCCGCGGCCCUGCUCCUGCAGAACGACCACAACGCGGACGUCGAGUCCAAGAUGAUGGUGAAUAGAACAACAGAGAGUGGUUUCACGCCUCUCCACAUCGCCGCUCACUAUGGCAACAUUAACGUGGCCACACUUCUGCUGAACAGAGGAGCUGCUGUUGACUUCAUGGCUCGGAAUGAUAUCACACCGCUUCACGUGGCUUCAAAAAGGGGCAACAGCAACAUGGUCAAGCUGUUGCUGGACAGAGGGUCCAAAAUUGAUGCAAAGACCAAGGACGGCCUGACGCCUCUUCACUGUGGGGCGCGGAGCGGGCAUGAGCAGGUGGUAGAAAUUCUACUGGACCGAGGAGCUCCUAUCCUGUCCAAGACCAAGAACGGGCUGUCGCCGCUCCACAUGGCCACUCAGGGGGACCACUUGAACUGCGUACAGCUCCUGCUCCAGCAUGAUGUGCCGGUGGAUGAUGUCACCAACGACUACCUGACGGCGCUACAUGUCGCCGCCCACUGUGGUCACUACAAGGUGGCCAAGCUCAUCGUGGACAAGAAGGCCAACCCGAACGCCAAGGCUCUGAACGGUUUCACUCCACUUCACAUCGCCUGCAAGAAGAACAGAGCCAAAGUGAUGGAGCUGCUGCUUAAACAUGGAGCGUCUAUUCAGGCUGUCACUGAGUCUGGCCUGACGCCUAUCCAUGUGGCUGCCUUCAUGGGCCACGAGAACAUUGUCCACGCACUGAUACACCACGGAGCAUCACCCAACACAACCAACGUAAGAGGAGAGACAUCUCUCCACAUGGCGGCCAGGGCAGGCCAGGCAGACGUAGUCCGAUACCUGCUCAAAAACGGAGCCAAGGUGGAGACCAAGUCCAAGGACGACCAGACAGCGUUGCACAUCUCCAGUCGGCUGGGGAAAGUCGACAUUGUCCAACAGCUGCUGCAGUGCGGCGCCUCUGCCAAUGCUGCCACCACCUCAGGCUACACCCCACUUCACCUGGCUGCCCGGGAAGGACACCAAGACGUUGCUGCCAUGUUGCUGGAGAAUGGAGCCUCGCUGUCCUCCUCGACUAAGAAAGGGUUCAGUCCCCUGCAUGUGGCAGCAAAGUACGGCAAAAUGGAGGUGGCCAGUCUCCUCCUGCAGAAGAGAGCCGCGCCCGAUGCUGCUGGGAAGAGUGGGCUAACUCCACUGCAUGUAGCCGCUCACUACGAUAAUCAGAGAGUGGCACUGCUGCUGCUGGAUCAGGGAGCUUCCCCACACGCUGCCGCCAAGAAUGGCUACACGCCGCUCCACAUCGCUGCCAAAAAGAACCAAAUGGACAUUGGGACCACGCUGCUGGAGUAUGGUGCCGACACCAACGCAGUGACGCGGCAGGGCAUCAGCCCCAUUCACCUGGCAGCACAGGAGGGCAACGUGGACCUGGUGUCACUGCUGCUGGCCAAGAACGCUAACGUCAACGUGUGCAAUAAGAGCGGACUUACACCACUCCAUUUAGCAGCUCAGGAGGACAAGGUCAAUGUUGCAGAAGUCCUUCUCAACCACGGGGCUGAUGUCAGCCCGCAAACAAAGAUGGGUUACACUCCGCUGCACGUGGCUUGUCACUAUGGCAACGCAAAGAUGGCAAACUUCCUGCUGCAGAACCACGCCAGAAUCAACGGCAAAACCAAGAAUGGGUACACUCCUCUACACCAGGCAGCUCAGCAGGGCCACACCCACAUCAUCAACCUGCUGCUUCAGCACGGGGCCUCCGCCAACGAGCUCACUGUGAAUGGGAACACUGCCCUAUCCAUCGCCCGUCGUCUUGGAUACAUCUCUGUGGUGGACACUCUGAGGCCCGUGACGGAUGAAAACCUGAACACCAUGAGUGCAUCAGAAAAACACAAAAUCAACGUCCCAGAGACCAUGAACGAGUUCCUCGACAUGUCAGACGAUGAAGUCCGGGCCAAUGUGCCAGAAACUCUCAAUGAGGAGUCUUUUUCAGAUGUUGAAGAAGGUGAGGAUGCGAUGACCGGGGACACAGACAAAUACCUGCGGCCUCAGGACCUCAAAGAGCUGGGGGAUGACUCCCUCCCUCAGGAGGGGUACAUGGGUUUCAGCAUUGGAGCCCGCUCCGCCAGCCUCCGCUCCUUCAGUUCGGAUAGGUCCAACACUCUCAACCGGAGCUCCUUCGCACGAGACAGUAUGAUGAUUGAGGAGAUUCUGGCGCCCACGAAGGACACGCUUCAGAGUGUCUGUAAAGACAUUUCCUACUUGGUUGACCCGCUCAAUAAGCACCUGGCUGUGACCAGAGACUACAGCUCGGAUUGUAUGCGGCGCUACAGCUGGACUCCGGACACCAUGGACCACAGCCACAACACUGUCUCCAGCCCCAUCCACUCUGGCCUCUCCUCCCCGCUCCCUCAGUAUGACUCCAGGUUCUUGGUCAGCUUCAUGGUGGAUGCCCGCGGUGGUUCCAUGAGAGGAAGCCGCCACAAUGGCAUGCGCAUCAUCAUCCCCCCCAGGAAGUGCACGGCGCCCACACGCAUCACGUGUCGCCUGGCCAAAAGGCACAAGCUAGCUUACCCCCCACCCAUGGUGGAGGGAGAGGGGCUGGUCAGCCGGCUGGUGGAGGUCGGACCAGCUGGCGCGCAGUUCCUCGGUCCUGUGAUCGUGGAGAUCCCUCACUUUGGGUCCAUGCGAGGGAAAGAGAGGGAGUUGAUUGUGUUGAGGAGUGACAAUGGUGACACAUGGAAGGAGCACCAGUCUGACACCAGACCUGAAGAUCUCCUCGAGCUGCUCAGUGGAAUGGAUGAAGAGCUGGACAGCCCUGCCGAGUUGGAGAAGAAGCGCAUUUGCCGCAUCGUCACCAGCGAUUUUCCUCAGUAUUUUGCCGUGGUGUCACGGAUCAAGCAGGAGUCUAACCACAUGGGCCCUGACGGAGGCAUGCUGUCCAGCAGCACCGUGCCCAUGGUCCAGGCCUCGUUCCCACAAGGGGCGCUCACCAAGAGGAUUCGUGUCGGCCUGCAGGCCCAGCCUGUGCCAGAUGACAUGGUGAGGGCAGUCCUUGGGAACAGAGCGACGUUCAGCCCCAUCGUCACCGUUGAGCCCAGGAGGAGGAAGUUCCAUAAGCCGAUCACCAUGACAAUCCCUGUCCCACCUCGAUCGGCAGAAGGCCAUCCCAGCGGCCACCGAGGCGACUCUGCACCCUGCCUGCGUCUGCUCUGCAGCAUCACAGGAGGGACGUCUCCUGCCCAGUGGGAGGACAUCACAGGGACCACACCACUGUCCUUUGUAACUGAUUGCGUCUCCUUCACCACAAAUGUGUCGGCCAGGUUCUGGCUCGCAGACUGUCACCAGAUUCCUGAGACGGUGAGUCUAGCGUCUCAGUUAUACCGGGAGCUGAUCUGCGUGCCGUACCUGGCCAAGUUUGUGGUGUUCGCCAAGAUGAACGAUGCUAUCGAGGCUCGGCUGCGCUGCUUCUGCAUGACCGACGACAAGGUGGACAAGACCCUGGAGCAGCAGGAGAACUUUGAGGAGGUGGCGCGGAGCAAAGAUAUUGAGGUUCUGGAGGGCAAGCCCAUCCACGUGGAUUGCUACGGCAACCUGUCACCUCUCACCAAAAGUGGGCAACAGCUGGUUUUUAACUUCUACUCCUUCAAGGAAAACAGGCUUCCUUUCAACGUCAAGAUCAGAGAUAUGGGCCAGGAGCCAUGCGGCCGACUCUCCUUCCUGAGAGAGCCAAAAUCCAGUAAAGGCCUUCCACAGACUGCCGUAUGCAAUUUGAAUAUUACACUGCCAACCCACAAGAAGGAUAUGGAGUCUGAUCCUGAUGAUGAGACUGAAAAGCCAGAACGACGUCAUACCUUUGCCUCCUUAGCUUUGCGUAAGCGCUACAGCUAUUUGACCGACCCAGCAGCGAAAACAACUGAUCGAGGCUCGCCGAGAACACAGCCUUCUAGCUACCCUCACAAACCUGUCUUUUCAACGAGAUCUUAUCAGGCGUGGUCGCCUGUUCCUGUCGCCGUCCCUGGCCAAGCCAAGUCUGGGUUUGGCUCCCUCUCCAGUUCGUCAUCCAACACGCCCUCUGCCUCUCCAUUAAAGUCUGUCUGGUCCAUCAACUCUGCCUCCCCUAUCAAGACCAACAUCCCCGGAUCACCUGCCUCUUCUGUAAAGUCAGUUAGUGACAUGGCCUCUCCCAUUCGAUCUUACAGAACCAUCUCCUCUCCUAUAAAAACUGUAGUCCAGCAAUCCCAGUACCCAGUCCAGGUCAGCCCCAGUCCCCUGGCCUCACCAGGUAAAAGCGCCCCAGAUUCUAUAUCUAUGAAAGGACUGGCAGCAUUGUCUGCUAGGACCUCCCCUAUAACUGUCUCUGGAGGAGGAAGCCCUCUUCUUGAAAGAGCGUCAAUAGGCAUGACCCCACCAACCUCUCCUAAAUCUUCUCUGAGUAUGUUCAGUUCACCCCUGCCAUACAAGACCAUUAUUGGGGGCUCUAGUGGCACAGCAUCUUCGUCACCUAUAAAAACAGUCCCUGGUCUCUCCUCCGUGCGUUCAUUUGCCGCAGACGUCACUGGCCCUGCAAGAAACCUCUUCGCCUCUCUUUCGUCCCCCCUUAAAUCCAACAAUCCUCCAAGUGCUGCAGCACUGAUCAAUGGAACUGUGUCGCCUACACAGUACCGCUCUUCAUCCCCGACAUCUCUUCUCACAAGCAGUCUUCAAGAGAGGAUACAAGCAACCACCAAUGCUGCGACUACAAGUGUCAAUGCAGCCUUUGAUGAGGUUGAAAAAACAUUCAAUUCUUGUUCUGCAGGCUAUGGCACCUUGAAGUCCAUGUCGUCUUCUGCAUCCUCCUCAUAUCAGUCCAUAAGAUCAUCAGCUUCAAAUUCUAUCUACCCCUCUCUAAGAUCCCCUCCCAACACCACCACAGCUGUGACAUCCAGUACAAUGACUGUUCCAGUGUACUCUGUUAUUAAUGUGCUGCCAGAGCCCCAGUUUAAAAAGUUACCUGAGGUGUCAAAGUCAGCUGCUGCCCUUCUGUCCCCGCGAAAGACGGUGCCCAUAGAGGUGAAUGCUCAGAUGCAGUCUUCCUUUGCCAGAACUCUUUCCCCCAUCAAAGCCCCUCUUUUUUCUGCUGGCCUGAAAUCAAACACCACAUCACCACUGUCAUCCAGUCAAGAAAUUCUGAAGGAUGUAGCCGAAAUGAAAGAGGACUUGAUACGAAUGUCAGCCAUUUUGCAGACAGACCCAAAUUCCACAGCCAAUAAAGGAUUUCAGUCUGAUUCUUCCAAAGAGGCUAAGAUAGAGGACGAGGAGCCAUAUAGGAUUGUGGAGAAAGUAAAGCAAGAUUUAGUAAAAGUCAGCGAAAUCCUUACUAAAGAUGCUGUGAAAGAUGGUAGGGUUUCCCUUGCAAGGGGUUCUUUGGAUGACAUACACUUCUCAAAAGUACAAGUUGAGCAACCACCAAGCAACUGGAGCUAUCCACCAAGAUAUGAGACUGUGGUUCCUCAAGCCAAAUCAAAAACAAUACCAGAUAGAGAUUUCAAUCUCUCCAAAGUAGUUGACUACCUGGCCAAUGAUGUUGGUAACAGCUCUUUCUCCAAAAUGCAUGACACAAAGCAUAAAGCAGAUGAGGGCAAGAGAGAAGGAGAGGGCAAGGAGAAGCAGAAACGUGUUCUAAAACCCACCAUAGCAGUUCAGGAGCAUAAACUCAAAAUGCCUCCAACAAACAUGCGCUCUUCACCUUCAGACAAAGAGAUCAGUAAAGUAGCAGAUGCACUUUUUGGAGCAGAUACUGUGCUCGACUCUCCUGAUGAUAUCUCACAUGAACAGGAUAAAAGCCCUCUCUCAGACAGUGGCUUUGAGACCAGGAGUGAAAGGACACCCUCUGCUCCUCAGAGUGCAGAAGGUAUGGGCCCCAAGGCCCUUUUUCAGGAUAUCCCAGCUCCCCCAGUGAUCACAGAGACUAGGACUGAGGUUGUUCAUGUCAUCAGGAGUUAUGAGUCCCCAGAGGAUAACAAGCAACCUGCAAUGGAGGAUGCACAUCCUGUCAGAUAUAUUGAUUCAGAUUCUAAAGGGCAUCAAGCUACGUCAAGUCCCGAUCACAAUAAAUCUUAUUCGGUAAAAGUCAGCCCAGAUGAGGAUCCAAUGGGGAAAGGGAUGAGGGUAAAGGAGGAGACUCACAUCACUACCACCACCAGGAUGGUCUACCACAAACCACCUGGCAAAGAAGCAGCAUCAGAGAGGUGUGAGGAAACCAUGUCUGUUCAUGACAUAAUGAAGGCUUUUCAGUCGGGCAAGGACCCUUCUAGAGAGCUCGCUGGACUAUUUGAACACAAGUCUGGCAAUGAGGAAACAUCACAAAGAGUCCUCGAGGACAUGAACUCCAAACCUAAGGUUGAGAGAAUAAUUGAGGUUCACAUUGAAAAAGGCAAUAAAGCAGAACCAACAGAGGUCAUCAUCAGAGAGACAAAAAACCAUGCGGAGAAUGAAAUGUAUUAUUACCCAGGGAGUAGACAGGAAGAGGAGGAGCCUGAGGAAUCACUUCCAGUGUACCUUGACUCCCCCAGAGUGAAUACACCCAUGUCACAAGAGGAAGACAGUCGCCCUAGUUCAGCUCAGCUCAUGGCAGAUGACUCUUACAAAACACUAAAGCUACUUAGCCAGCAAUCUGUAGAGUACAAUGAGGAUGAAUCAUCAGAACUUAGGGGAGAAUCUUAUAGUUUUGCAGACAAAAUGCUUCUCUCUGAGAAAUUUGACCAGUCUCAUUCUGACACAGAGGAAUAUCUGAGAGAUAGGUCUCGCUUCCAUUCACCAGACAGAAGUAGUCACAGUGAGGGUAGAUCAGUUGGGCCAAGGACAGAGUAUGUCUUCAGGUCAUCGAGAAAUGUGUUUGACAAAUCUGGAAGAAUGGCCAACGUUGAUGAUAGCUUUGACAAACUGACACUUUUGCAGUACUCAUCUGAGCCUGGUAGCCCAAAGCAAUCAGUUUGGAUGCGUGUGUCAGAUGACACACAGAGUAAGGACAGAGAACAGCUUAUGUAUGAGGACAGAGUGGACAGGACUGUAAAGGAGGCAGAGGAAAAACUCAGUGAGGUAUCACAAUUUUUUCGUGAUAAAACAGAACAGCUCAAUGAUGAGCUUUCGUCUCCAGAGAAGAAAUCUCGAAGACCAGAUUUCAGAGAAUCGCGUUCAGGGCCCAGUUCUACACACAGCAGUCCAGAGAGGUCAGCAUAUAGGAAUGGGGGUAGUGGGGAAGAAUGGAGCCGGGAAAGGCUUAGAGACAGGUUCAGCUCCAGUGACAGGAAAUGUGCCAGCUUGCCCAGCAGUCCAGAGAGGAGAGUGUUGCUGCAGUACAGUGAUUCAGACCCAAGAAAACAAGGAGAUGGCAAAUUGCAGGGAAGCACAGGUGAAAGCUCUAAACCCUUUCAAAUGUCUUCCUCCAAAGUCAGUGCAGUGAGGCUAAAGUUUGAGCAAGAGGCUCAAAGGCAAGAUAGGAGUCCUCAGGGUGGCCAAAAUUCAAAUCCUCCUAUCAGGAAACUCCAGGAAAGUAAGCUACCUGUGUAUCAGGUAUUCGCUGGUCCCAACAUUCCAAAAACACCAGACAGUCCUGGAAACCAGAGGAGAUGUCUAGAUAGUGAAUCAAAUAAGUAUAAGCAUGAGAGCAGUGGAAAAGAUCAGGAAGAGAAAAAGUUAUUCAAAACAUGGGAGACCCAAGAGUACGGUAACUAUAAACCCCAAUCUCCCAAACUAUCUCAGGCUUUAAUCCAUGAUUCUAUGAAAGAUAACAGUGAUUCCCAAAGACAAGAAACCACCAAGAAAAUAAUCUACACAGAAUUUGUUGUCAGAGAAAGCCCAAAUAGCAACGAUAGUCUAAAAAAAAACUCGGAAUUACAAAUUCCUGUAAGAAAGCCGUCUAAUUUUCCCGAAAAUCACAAAUCCACCAGUUUACAUUUAGAUGCCUCCGUUGAAUCACAUGAGAGGGCAGGGUCUCAUGUACCUACUUUAGCUAGAAAUCGGUUGCACAGUAACUCUGAAUCAAACAAGUCUACUCGUGGAUCAUCACUAGGAAAAUCCACAGACUCAUCAGAAGGUAGCCUGUCAAAUGUAGUGUGUAACGGUGUUGAUAGUGACCAAGCAGAGUAUUUGGAUGAAGUAACUCCUGUAGUUGUCACAGAGGGUUUCAAAGAUAUUAAACCCUUACCUGUGUAUGUUAGCAUACAAGUAGGAAAGCAGUAUGAGAAAGAAACGGCCUCGGGACAGCUGGGAACGUACAAGAAGAUAGUAAGCCAUGAGAGUAGGACAGUGCAUGAGACUAGGGGUGCAUUUUACACUGUCAAGCAAAAGCAGUCUCCUUCCCCUCAAGGAAGUCCAGAAGAUGACACUCUAGAACAAGUGACUUUUAUGGACAGCUCUGGGAAAAGUCCUGUUACCCCUGAGACCCCCAGCUCGGAGGAAGUGAGUCUGGCCUCAAGAACACCAGAGUCGGUGAUAGGCUUCAUGCCUGGCAUGCCAAGCCCUAUCCCAGAGGAGUCUGAGGAGGAGGAAGGGAAAACCUUCAUCUACAAGGAGCCCACAAAGGAAAAAUCUAAGCCAGCUUUCUCAGAGAAUCACAGUAGAAAACAGGAUGCAGAGAGACAGAAGUCAAAGGAGAAAAGAGUGGCUUACAUAGAGUUUCCACCUCCUCCUCCUUUAGAGGCAGAGCAGUCCGACCCUGAGAAAAGGGGGUCAUGUGCUUCUUCUGAGGCAGAGACAGAGAUGAUGGAGGUGAACCUCCAAGAGGAGCACGAUAGGCACCUCUUAGCCGAGCCAAUCAUCAGGGUCCAGCCUCCAUCCCCUAUUCCUCCUGGUGCUGACAACAGUGACUCUAGCGAUGAUGAGUCUGUCUUCCAUCCCAUCCCCAUCAAAAAGUACACCUUCAAAAUGAAAGAGGAGGGAGAUAAAAAAACGAAAACCAAAAAAUCAGAGAAGAACGAAAAUAAGGAGUCUGGGCUCAAUGGUGUCGUAAAGGGGGAGGAUGCUGACUUUGAUCAAAAUGGCAAUGACCAGUCAAUCACUGACUGCUCCAUAGCAACCACUGCUGAGUUCUCCCAUGAUACAGAUGCUACUGAAAUAGACUCUUUAGAUGGGUACGACCUUCAGGAUGAGGAUGAUGGACUGAGCGAGGACCCUAAAACAUCUAGUCUGUCCAAUGAUGGAAAAACAACUGACCGCUCAUUUAGUCAGUCCAAGCUUGAAGUGAUAGAGGAAGAGAAAUGUGAGGAAGGGGGGGACAAUGGAAAGAAAGCCAAAUCAUCUUCAGCCUCUGGAGACGAAAAAGAUUACACUCUUGAAGGAAGACAUCCAGAUCGGCAGAGUUUUGCAGAAAACUACUUUGGCUACCAACUAGAGGAAGAACUGAAUUCAACCUUUAAAACUGUUGCCACCAAAGGCCUGGACUUUGACCCCUGGCCCACCAAAGGGGGUGAUAAUGAUAAUGUUUUUGAUUCCAAAGUAAAAGAUGAGGACCCCAAGCCCUUUGGUUUAUCGGUGGAGGACAAAUCGCAGGCUACAACACCUGACACAACCCCUGCUCGAACACCGACUGAUGAGAGCACACCGACUAGUGAGCCUAACCCCUUCCCAUUCCACGAAGGGAAGAUGUUUGAGAUGACCCGCAGUGGUGCUAUUGACAUGAGCAAGCGGGACUUUGUUGAAGAGAGGCUUCAGUUUUUCCAGAUUGGUGAGCAUUCCUCUGACCCUAAAACAGGGGAAAAGGGGAGAGGGGGCAAGAUCCUGGGGGUAAUUACCUCUCAGUCAGGGGAUGGGAAGGUGAAGGUUAUAGAUACUACCACAGACAGCAGCACAACACCAACAACACCAGCAGCAACAACAGCAAAGUGCAGCACUGCACAGCCUGGCAGUGACACUGGCUAUACCGGUACUGAUGCCACCACCUGCGAAGCCAUAGCUGAGACCGCCUCCUCAUGCACAAUCACAGCCUCUAAGGUUGAUCCCAAAUUACGCACCCCUAUUAAGAUGGGCAUAGCUGCCUCUAUAACUGUGAAAAAAGACUCAGGGGAUCUCACCGAUUGUAAAGCUGAGAUGUCGGAGGGUCAGAUGGUGCCAGAAUACAUCAGUAUAGAGGGUCAGUGUGCAGAGAGCCAGUCUAGCAGACACACUGAGCCCAAGAUAGAGAGAAGAGAUUACCCUUCUGAGAACUGCAACAACAACAAUAACCUUGAGUCCUCCAGUGUUCAGGCCAACUACAUCCAGUGUGGUAGUGUGGUGUUUAAUUUGCAGUCCUCCUCUGAGCCCACUCUUCAGAAAGCUAGCAGGAUAGAAACACUGUGCUGUAGGGAUUUAGAAGAGAGAGUGGAAGUACACAGCAGCAGUCAAGUGCAGGAGCAGAAAGGUGAGGAUAUUAAAGAAAGUGAAGUGAAGCAGCCCAAGUCUAGGCUUCCAGUAAAAGCAUCUGGAUGGUCAUUUCACACGCAGGGAACAGCCAUAGGCAAACAGAAGCCCAAGCAAGCAGUGAAGGUUGAGGUCAGGAAAAGAGGAGAGCCAGCCAUAGCCAAAGUAGAACCCAGGUCUAGAAUACCAAUCAAGGAUGUUAAAAAGAGCAGCCCAGCCGCCACAGCUAGCUCACUUGUUUCAGUUCGGGUUACCUCACAGCCAACGAGGGCAUUGGACACAGAGAGAGCAGCCAUACAGUUGCCCUCAAGGCUACCACUGAAGGACAGACAUCAGGUCAGCAGUGCCACAGUUGAGGCAGCAUGUAGACAGGACAGACAGGAGAACCCUAGUGAGGUUUGUAAGCGCACCAUCGAAUACUUUAAAGGCAUUAGCGGGGAGACGCUAAAGUUGGUGGACCGCCUGUCAGACGAGGAGAAAAAGACGCAGACAGAGCAGUCGGAGGAAGACAGCACCUCCCGGAGCACCUCUCUGUCGGACGCCUCCCAGCCUUCCCAGCCCUCCCAGCCCUCCCAGCCCUCCCGCUCAUCCAGGUCUGGUAGAGGUUCGAGGGCUGAGGCCGGGGCCGCGUCCGUAAGGGCAAAGGUGGCGACGACGGACAGGGCCUCCGGCAGUGAGAGGAGCAGGAGGAGUAGGCGGACUGGUGGGAAGGAGGGCAGUCAGGGACUCACAGGGUCUCGAACGCCUCCCAUCGCGGAGAUCAAGCCUAGUCCCCAGAGUCCUUGUGAGCGGACAGACUUGCGCAUGGCUAUCGUUGCAGAUCACCUGGGACUUAGUUGGACAGAGUUGGCUCGGGAGAUGAACUUCACAGUGGAUGAGAUCAACCACAUCAGACUAGAGAACCCCAACUCUUUGACAGCACAGAGCUUCAUGCUACUUAAGAAAUGGGUCAGUCGGGAAGGAAAAAAUGCCACAACGGAUGCCUUAACUUCAGUGCUGACCAAAGUCAAUCGGAUGGAUAUUGUGACUUUACUGGAGGGCCCAAUAUUUGACUAUGGUAACAUUUCAGGCACAAGAUGUUUUGCCGAUGAUAACGCUGUUUUCCGGGAUCAGGCUGAUGAUUAUCAGAGCAUUCUAGCAGAGCUGCAGUCCCCAGCCGCACUGCACUCCAGCCCCCACUUCCUGGAGCCCGAACUCCCCGUCACCCCCAACCCUUCCCUUGCCCACCACCAGCACCACCAUUACCCAGAACCAGACACCCCUUUGCUGGCCGACUCCCAGCCUCAACCCCUGCCAUGGAGCCCGGAGAUAGAGCCAGGUAGCGGAGAGCCAGACAGCCCCCCUAGGAGCCCCCCGAGACCCUGUGAGCUCGCCCUGUCUGUCCCAGUUUUUGUACUCCCCGAUCCUAUUCCUCCCAAGGUCACAAAGCCCCACAUUGCUCUGAACGACCAGCUGCUUCUGAGCGAGGAGGAGGACAGGUCUUGUCGUGAAAUGGAGCUGAGUCACAAGCCCAAGUCACACUCCCUCCCUGCUGCGAUGUGUGAGUUAGACAUCGACAUGGCUUACUCCACAUCUUCCCCUUCACUCUCAUCAGUAUCAUCAAUAACCCCUUCAUCACCCGACAGAGCACAAAUGGGAAAUGGAGGAGCGCACAUGAGUUCCCCCAAUGGGGCGCAGGACGAUGUAUUUCUGAAAGUAGGUGAACAGGAAGUGUCAGAGGAAAUAGAGAAGGUUGGUGAGGUGGUUGCAGCGGAGUUAGCAGAGGGAAGUGGGUUUGUGGGGAAGUGGGUAGAGCAGGACUUGAUUAAAAAUGUGGAGAGGAAGUGUGAGAUGAUAACACAAGAUAGGUCUCCACUGGUAGAGGAGAAUAACAUUUUGGCAAAACAGAAGGAGGGGUCUGCAGAGGAAGAGAAAGAUGUGAUAAAUGAGGGGAAUAAGGGGGCAGCCUGUGAGGUGGAGGUGACAAAUCUCCAGAAUCUGCCAGCAGAACAGAAUCUGAUAGAAAUUGGGCAUGAAGUGGAAAAAGAUUGCACCACAAUAGAAGCAGAGGCUGUCAAAGGUAGUGUGGAUAAAAUAGCUGAGGUUCAAGAAGUUGAUGGGGGCAGUGAGGAAAAGGUCCAUCAGGUUGACAGGGUGGACGACACAGAUGGACGACUGCAGUUCAAAGAUGGAGAAGGAUUGUGUGGCAAUGAAAGAGAGAUUUGCAAGACAUCAGAGGGGCACCAGGCAGCCGAGGACCAGGCCGUAGCUCGCCUCUCCCCUCAGGGCUGGGUUGAGGCACUUGGGGAACGUCAGCCCAAUGAGUCCGAGGACGAGGAGGAGGGAGACAGAGACAAAGAAAUGGCAGAAGAGGCAUUAGGAUCCCUUUUGGAGGAGGUGAAGACAGAAGAAGGCUCAGAGGAGAAGGAGGAGGACGGAGAGAUGACCAAGGCCAGUGUUGAGGAGAUUCUUGAUCAGGUUGAACAGGCAGAAAAAGAAGUGUGUUCACUUUCAGGUUGGCACAGUGAUUCAUCCAGCGUCAAUGUGGAACCACCAACGCCAGGCCGCAGUGUCAGCUCAGACCUGCUCGACAGGCGGGAAAGCCAAGAGAACUCUAGUGACUCCAUCACUUCCUCGUCUAGGGGCGAAUCAGGGAGGUCCCGACAGAACGGCAGCAACUCAAAGCACUCACCUCAGGACCGCUCAUCGGAAUCAUCAAACGGCAGAAAGGAAGAGGGAGCACUGGUGUCGGAGAAAAAAGUCCAGCGGGUUAGUGUAGAUUCCGGUUCAGAGGAAGAACAGACUGUAACCACCAGAAUCUUCAGACGUCGUCUCAUUUUGAAGGGAGAACAGGCGAGGAAUAUCCCAGGCGAGUCUGUGACCGAGGAACACUACAUGGACCGUGAUGGUAACCUCGUCAGUAGAAAAGUUAUCAGGAAGGUUAUUCGCCGAGUGUCUACUCCCACACCGGAAACCCAACGAGGUGACAGUUGGCACCGAGACCCUCAGCGCAGUCCCUCUCUACAGGAAGACGGGUCCGAGCAAGGAGAGGGGUCGAGGAAUAGCAGGCGAAAGGAUGACAGAAGAUCAGGGGAUAAAAAGCUGCACUCAUAGGGAUGGUUGUGCUC